UCCGCCGGGCUCGCGGGAGACGCAGCAGCAGCGGCGGCCGAUGGCCACGCACCCGGCUACGGCCACGGCCACGGGCGCGCCCCGCGAGCACCUGCUGAAGGUGCUGGUGGUGGGCGAGCUGGGCGCGGGCAAGACGAGCGUGAUCCGGCGCUACGUGCACCAGCUCUUCUCGCAGCACUACCGCGCCACCAUCGGCGUGGACUUCGCGCUCAAGGUGCUCGCCUGGGACCCGCGCACGCUCGUGCGCCUGCAGCUCUGGGACGUGGCCGGGCAGGAGCGAUUUGGCAACAUGACCCGAGUAUACUACAAAGAAGCUGAUGGUGCCUUUAUAGUCUUUGAUAUAUCAAGAAGUUCCACGUUUGAGGCCGUUUUGAAGUGGAAAAGUGACCUGGAUAGUAAAGUUCAUCUUCCAAAUGGCAACCCUAUUCCAGCUGUCCUUUUAGCCAACAAAUGUGACCAGAAAAAAGACAAUGGCCAGAUCCCUCCCCAGAUGGACCAGUUCUGCAAAGAACAUGGCUUCUCUGGGUGGUUUGAAACCUCUGCAAAGGAUAACAUAAACAUCGAUGAAGCUGCACGGUUCCUAGUGGAAAACAUUCUCACAAGCCAACAGAGCUUCCCCAAGGAAGACAAGGAUGAAGACAAGAUUAAACUGAGUGAGGAGAAGAUCACUGCAGAGAGCAAAACCCAGUGUUGUUGACAGGACUCUGCUUGUCUGCU